GCCUAGCUCAAAUGUAAGCAUCGCUACAUGGUGCUCUUUUCUUCUUCUUCUUAUUCUUAUUCUUCUUCUUCUUCCUCUUUUCACACUCUGGGGAGAUUUCUCUCGUACGUCCGAAUUUGUGUACUGGAUUUUGCGGCGGCUCGGUCCUACGAAUCACAUCGGAACUCGUCAAUCUCUUAAGCACGUCAACCUUGGGACGCCACUAAAUUUACCUAACGGGGGAUGACGGUUAGCGAACACGGCGGCGUUAGCUCUAGUGCUUCUAGCGCCACGGCGGCGCCUGUUACAAACCGGGAGAAUAUUAUUAUGGACGAACCGGUAGGGCUGUCGCGUGAUGAUGCGGUGCCGUCACAGUCUAGCAGGACUUCCGAUCCGGACGGCUCGUUCCUGGUUAGCCAAGCCGGAACCCUGUCCCCGAUGCAAGACGACUCCUGGACGAGCAGCGACGAAAAGGACAGCGGUGACAGGAGGAUGGAUGAGCAGGUAGAGGAAGAGAAGGGUACCAAAAGUCGAGACUUAGCGAGGACCGACACGAACAUGUCUAUCGCCGAAACGCUUUCCUUGCCUCGGGAAAUCCUAUUCGUCCUUGUCAUUUGCCUUGCGCAACUCUUCACGCAGAGUGGCCUUGGUCAAACCAUAAGCAUCAUUCAUACAAUCGGUGAACAUUUCGGUAUCACGAAUCCUGGAGAGCUAAGCUGGUUCAUGGCCGGCUACAGCUUAACCAUAGGCACAUUUAUCCUUUUCUCGGGAAGGCUGGGCGAUGUCUUCGGUCACAAAACCCUGUUUCUCUACGGUAUGGGUUGGUAUUCCAUCUGGAGCAUUGUUUGUGGGCUCUCCGUCUACUCGAAUCACGUCCUUUUUAUAUUCGCCCGUGUUCUACAGGGAAUCGGCCCCGCCAUCAUCCUUCCGAACGGAUUGGCUAUCCUUGGUGUCACGUACGCCCCCGGCCGACGUAAGGAGAUGAUAUUCGCCAUUUUCGGCGCGAUGGCACCGACUGGCUCUGUUAUCGGCUCGCUAUUCGCUGCUAUCCUUGCUCUUGCCUGGUGGCCUUGGGCAUUCUGGGCAUUUGGCAUUGUUCUCGCCGCAACCGUCGUCAUAGGCUACUACGCUAUCCCGGAAGCUUCGAAUAGGCAUCAUGCCCAGCCCAAAGGCUUCAAGAAUACGCUACGAGAGCUCGAUCUUAUAGGGACAGUCCUCGGCGUGGGUGGUCUCGUCCUCGUCAAUUUUGCGUGGAAUCAAGCCCCCGUUGUAGGCUGGGAUAAGCCUUACGUUUACGUUUUGCUCAUCGUCGGAUUGCUACUUCUUGCCGCGUUCUUCGUAUUCGAACUAAAAUUCGCUCAAUACCCUCUCAUUCCUUUCAACGCCUUCUCCUACGAAGUGUCCUUCGUCCUAGCUGCUAUAGCAUGUGGGUGGUCUUGCUUCGGCAUCUGGUUCUUCUACUCCUGGGAAUUCCUGCUCGUCCUUCGAAGAGUGCCGCCCUUGUUGGCCACGGCGAUGUUCAUUCCGACUGUUAUCUCGGGAAUAUUUGCCGCCCUUUUCACGGGUUAUACUCUGCAUCGUCUUAGACCGCCUGUAGUUAUGACCAUGGCUCUCGUUUUCUUUACGACAGGCAUCAUCAUCCUCGCGACCUGUCCUGUUGAGCAGGUCUACUGGGGCCAGUAUUUUGUCUCUGGCAUUAUCAUGCCUUGGGGGAUGGACAUGAGCUUCCCCGCCGCGACCCUCAUCCUCUCCGAUGCUGUACCACGAAAGCACCAAGGCAUUGCUGCGAGCUUGGUUAAUACCGUAGUCAACUACAGCAUUUCGUUAGGGUUAGGCUUCGCAGGUACGGUCGAGACGCAAGUCAACAAAGGUGGGGAGACCCCAGGGGAUAUCUUAAAGGGAUACCGAGGGGCGUACUACAUGGGCAUCGGGCUUGCGAGUGUAGGCGUGCUUGUGUGUAUUGCCUUUGUCGCUAAAAGUAAAACCCGAAAAAAUACUACUAGCCAAGAUACGCCUUGAAAAUUUGUCAUAAUCCGGACGGUUUUAUGCUACGCUACGCACCUCUUACUAUUCCCCUUGGGCAUAUUGACAUUUAAGGGAGCAACGCAAGUUACCUUAUAUAACCCGAAUCUGCUUGGUGAACCGUGGGCUAUUUUCGUUAAUACGUCGGCAAUAUUAAGAGCAACGCAGGAAAACCUAGACGGUCGAAUCCUACGGUGCUGGGUACUAGGAGGUACCUAGGUGGCAAUAUCUCCUAUUUAGGACAUGCGAUAGAUUACGUUGCCUCGUAUUUACGUUCAUACGAAGAUCACGAUACUUAGAGGCGGCAAUACUCGAUAGACG